AAUAAACGAGUUACCGCCGAGCUGGCAAUGCAUCUUUUAUGUCUGCCAUUAAACCUGCUAACUGGUAUCAAUUGACCAAACCGGCAGGAUGAUGCGCAUUUUGGCCGCAAAGCAGCACAAAAUUAAAAUCAAAUUUUAGGGCAAACAUUUCCGGAAGGGGCAGCUAUAUUAAAAGUCCGUAAUUAAAAAAAGACGAACAAAAAAAGUCAGCUACGGACUCUAGAAUUUCGACCCCGCGGCUAUUUCCAUUUAUUUGCAUACGCCAGCAUCCGUAGGAUACAAACCGAAUCUGGAAUUGCAGUGUCCCUUUGGCGAAUCGGUGUAGCAUGUCAAGUGGACGCAGUGCCCGUCUCCCUGCAACGCCCACCCAGACCGCCAACAACAAGCAUAGGGCGGCAGCAGCAGCGGCAGCGGCAGCAGCAGCAGUGGCCGCCGGAGAACCCAAUAGCAACAGCAUGUUGCAGUACGGCAGCAGCAGCAAUCCCGCAGUGUCGACCGCUGCAACCACAGCAUCGGCAGCAUCUGGCAUGGGAAUGGGAAUGGGUGUGGGCAUGGGUGGCGGCAUGAAUCUGAGCAUGGGAAUGGGCGUGGUCGGUGGCAUGGGCAUGGGCAUGGGAAUGAGCGGCGGCAUGGCACCGUACAAUCUCCAUGGCAGUACCAUGGGUAGCAGUUGUGAAUCGAACGUGGAGCGGAUCCCAGUGGACACCAUUGAUGCUUUGGGUCCUGAGCUUGCGGUGGCCACCUCUCAGGUCCUGGAAAAUCUAUCCGAAAACGAACGAAAAAUGAUCAUCGAGGUGUUAAAUCGGGAUGAGUCCGUGCGACAGAGAGAUGCCACCAGAAUGAUGCUCUUGCGCGCUGAAUUGUAUGCUUUGAGGCGUAAGGGUGCGGCCAAGGUCGUUGGUGGAGUGCAGCCACUCGAUGCCACACAACAACAACAGACAACCAUGCAGCCCAAUCAACAACAACAACAGCUCGAACAACACAACAACCACAACGCACACACGAGCGACCCAAGUCGCCACUGCGCCCGAUGCAACACCGAAUUGGGCCGCAUCACCAACCGCGGCGCCCCCUGUCGCGUCUGCAAGUUGCGCGUGUGCAAAGCCUGUCGCGAAUUCACAUCGCGCACAACGGACUGGGUGUGCGUGGUGUGCCACAAGCAAAUGGAGAUACAAUCAGCCAGCGGCGAGUGGCUCAAGGACGCCUAUGCUCUGGGAUCCUGCAGUGCCGUCGACCAUCUGACCACCAGCGACGUCUUGAGGAAGAGCAUCCGUCGUUCUUGGACUAUAUCGAAUCCCGAGGACGAUCCGAACAAUCCCAACUCGCAGCAACCGGUGGCAGACAACCUGUACCCGCAGCAGCAGCAUCUGAUUGAGGCCCAGUCGGCGGGCAGUUAUCCCACCCUGCACCAGCACCAUCAGCAGCAUCACCUACCUCCGCAACCGAGACCCACGCACGGCAUCAAUUACGGAAGUGGCACUGCCACGCCCACCACCAGCAGCAAGUGGCAGCUGGGCCGCAGGGUCCUGCGUCAGUCGACGCUACCGAGCAGCCUGAACAACGAUCCAACUCUCAGCGGCAGUGGUGGCAAUCUGGCCAACUAUAAUUCCGUGAACCUAACGGCGCCCACAUCGCCUCAUCAGCUGCAGAAAAGUCCGCUCUAUCCGAGCGCCUACAACAGCGACGACGUCAUCCACAUGAACACCAUGCCGGGAAUGGGUAUGGGAGUGGGAGUUGGUGUGACGGUGGGUGACUGCGACAACUACGCACAGCAGCAGCAACAGCAACAGCAGCAACAGCAACCCCAGCUGGAGGUCACGCCAACGCAUCAUCGGCUGCAGGUGCGCCGCCAAUCAACGCUGCCAGCUCAACCAACUCCAGCUAUAUACAUGUCCACCUCCCCCAACCGUCUGUACAGUCGCUCCCCGGAAAGAUCGCCGGGGGAGCAGCAGCGCUAUCCGCCAUUCAUGAGACAGACCUCGUUCCCAGAGCCACCCAGCACCUAUCAUCGCACCAAGCUGCUGCCCAGCACAGGAGCACCUUCCUCGACGGUGGCUCCACCACCUUUGAACUACGAAUCACAGGCGUCUAGUAUGGCCAGCGAUGAGCAAGAUGUGGUUCCCAUGCCCAAGCCGAGAAUGACUCGGCAGGCUACGCUACCAAAUCCCGAGCAGCAUGUCAAACUAUUGCCCACAUCGCCGCCAAAACGACAGACUUCCCCGCAGUUCCGACGUUCUCCGGAGUUUAUGCGUCAGCAAACGCUGCCAAAUCCGGAGGCUUUCAACAGUGGAAACACCCUUACCGUGCACUCUACGCCCCCUGGAAAAUUCAUGCCCAUUUCGCCGAGGGCCAAGCAGAAUUUCCUCUUUCCAAGUGUACCGAAUCCCCGACAGUUUCUCUCGCAGCCUCAUGUACCCGCCGUGGGUGGCACUGACCUGGGAAGUGGAGGUAGUGUGGCCAGCACCAGUGCCGGCGGAGGCGAGCAGUACUCCAGUAGUCAGAGUGUGAAUAUUCAUCACUCCCGGGAUCCGCAUGCCAAGAUGAUCAAGGUGCGCAGUCAUAGCAACGAGGAGUACUCGAAUACCAAGGCACAUCCGGAGAAUAGGCGAUUACUGCCAGAGAUUCCGACAGCUGUUCAGCGAACUGGAGGUCGAUCGCCCAGUCGUCUGGUAAGACAGGAUUGCCUGAAAGAGGAGCGGACUUUUGGGGAGGCCAAGCAGCAGUUCCAUCAGUUUCCCGAUGUCACCGAAGAGCUGGACAAUCGUCCGGAAUACGUUGAUUACUUUGGCGACAGUGCCACCAGUUUCUUGGAGUCCGAUGAGGUGCAGUACGAGCGGAACUACAACGCCGGAUUUAGCAGUGAACCACGGAUUAUCUACAAUAAUGGAUCGGAUGAUGGUAGCUACCAGAAUUCAUCCCAGAGACCCAUUUAUAGUGCUGAGAAUGUACUGGCUGAUUCGGGUUAUGGAGGAGGUGCCGGCGUGGGUCUGGGUGCAAGUGGCGGUUCAGGUGGUGUGCCCAGCUACUAUCCUGAUAUGGGUACUCCACAGGGCUUUUAUGGUGGAGCUGCUCUGCCCCGUACUCCGCUAAUGCACAAUCGCAUGAGGCGGCGGCAGUCCAGAGAGCUGCAAAUGCAGCAGGAGGAACUUGCUCAACUGUCACAGGUCUCGGAUGCCAGUGGCAAAGGUUCUGGCAAUGAAGGUGCAACCAGUAGUGGUGCUGCCUCUGAUAGCCAUGCCGCCGAGAGAAGGAAGCCUGAGCAGAUGCGCUCUGUUUCUGAAGAUUCGGGAGCUAAAACCACACCCAAACCGGUCACAAGAAGAUCCUUCUCGCAUCCCGAAAAGGACACGCAGCCCACAAAGAAAACGGAGAUAUCAAAGAUUCCCAGCCCUCGCCCCUUAGCCGAUAUCCUAGACAAAACGCGUGGCAACUCCAAGAUUCCACAGGCAAGACGCCGCAAUAGCCGCACUGGGAUCGGCGAGGCUGAGGAGGGUAGCACGCCCCAGCACAUUUACUCCUUCCAUCAACAGCUUAUGCAUAGAAACUCUGAUUUAGCCAUGCGCCUGAAAAAAACAGAAAUUCCUGUCGCCUCAGUAGCAUCAGCCAGCCAGGAGGAGAAUCCCUCCCAAGGGGAAACCACCCAAGGAUCUGGCCCGGAGCAGCCGGUCAAUGGCAAAUCCCUCGACUCCACGGCCAACAACAAGGAUGGUGGCGAUCCAAACAGCUCGGCGGAAGCCACCCAUACCAGCACUUUGGGUGAGCAGGAACUGCAGAAUGCAGUGGAGGCCGCGGCAGUGGUCUUCAAGAAGGUCGUGCUGCAGCGUCGCAAGGAGAAGGAGAAGGCCGCCGAAGAAGGCAUGCAGCAGCUGUCCAUGGUUUCCGGUGAUAUUUGUGGAUUAGGUGGGGGUGAUGCCAUGGAAACGUCAUCGUCAUCGGAGCUAGACUUCAGGUGUUCCACUCAACAUGGUCGCCAGCAGCAGCAGUCGCAAUAUAGCGUUGAAGCCGACGAGUUCAAGCUCGUCUUCCUCAACUCGGAUUCAUCAUCCUCCUGUCACGGUGAGGAGGAAGAAGAGGAAGAGGAUGACACCGAUUCAUCCUGCUCCACACACCACUGUCACAGCAUUGUGAGCAAUGUGGAGGACUGCGAUUGGGAUUACUUUGAACCCUCCAUGAUCUCCACAACCACGACGACGACAACUACCAUGAUUGCUUAUACCACGGCCCGAGCCACACCCACUCCACCACCGCGUGUGCGUCGCCAGUCCAGCGAUAGUGAUUCUCCUCUGGUGCAAAGACGACCAAAGCAGUUGAGGAGUACUUACUGCCCCCGGAUCAGGGAGAGUGAUACGGGCACUGAUGAGGAGUUUGUGCUGAACACAGAGAGCAGUUCGCAGACUAGCUCUGAUCAGACACCCCCACCUGUGCCUCCACCUCCUCAUCCAUUAAGCAUGAAGACCCGGAUUAAGACACGAUUCCUGAAGAAUCAUCACCACCAUAGCCACAACCGAUGCAACUGCAAUCCCAACCAGCAGCAGCAACCACAAUAUGUGCCCAUACCCGUGCCGGUACCCAUUCCCGUGCCCAUGGCCGCCUAUCCUAAUUGGCCUGAAGUGCCGGGUAAUCCUCUUCUAGAACAAGAUGAGCAAUUGGCCGCCAGUCUGCAGCAACUUUGGAAGGCUGCCGGUCAUCAGCAGCAAUUUGCCGCCAUAGUUGCAGCCUACUCGCAGCAAUUUGCAGCGGCUAGUAGCAACAUGUUCGACGCAACACCGCCGGCCACCAGCAAAAGUUACCAACAACUGCCCACCACUCCGCCGCCGAUGCCUCAGCGCUUGCGCGGAUUAAGUGGCUUUAAGUCCUCGGCACCAGAACUAAGUGCAUCGCUGGGAUCACUGAUGACGCAAUCCCUUUGCUCCACCAUAUCCUCCUCGUCGUCAUCAAGCACUUCGGGUUAUGGGACAGCGGGACGGAGUCUGGAAACACUGGCCAGUCCAAUUCGAGCUGCCAACUCGAUGCAGCAGCAGCAAUACCAACAGCAACAUCAACAAAUGGCCAGCAAUGCUUUCAAGCCAAAGCCAACAAGUUUAGUAGCGUCGCGUUCGCCGACGGGUGAGCAACCAGAAACGAGCAACGCGCGUCGCGGCAGCAGCAACAGUGAGAGCGACGACAGCAACACCAAAAGUAAUAGCAGCAACAGCAACAACAAUAACGCAACGCCCACAACGGGUAGAUUGUGUAAUGUUUAUGAUAAAACCGGCACAUUGCCAGUGCCCGCCAUUCAGGCACAUGUUGCCAGUGUAGAUAAGAGUCCCGCGGCAUCGGCAAUAUCAACAACAUCAUCAACACAAGCGACAUCCACAAAGGGAAUCGCUCUGAGAGUGGCCAGCAAAUACCAGAGCCGAAAUCUAUGCGAAACCCAGCCAGCGGCAACAACACAAACCUACCUGGCCAGUAAAAACAGCCACGAAGAAGUGGAAGCAGCAGACGAAACGAAUAUACAUAAAAAUCAAGUACCAACAGCAGCAGCAGCAACAGCAACAACAACAACAACAACAACACAAAUACAAACAGCAACUAGAGCUGCGGCUCCUGCGGUAAUAACUCGUUUCGGCGGACUUGCAGUCGAAAAUGCUGUUGGAAAUGUGGCUGAAAGUGCCAGUGCCAGUCCCAAACCUAGAGCCCAGCACCUAGAGUACAUAGAUCAGCGGACGGCAGCGGAGAUUGCCAAGAAUUUGUCCUCCAAUCGACUUAUACAGAACAUCAAGAUGUCCGAUGAGGCAUCACCAUCAGAAUCACCAUCGGCAUCGCCAUCGGUAUCGGCCCAUCUGCAGAGCGAGAACUAUGCGGCCAGCAGUCCAGAUGAAGCAAGCAGCAAUAGCAGCCAGGAGGAGGAUCGGGAAAGAGAGAAGGAUCAAAAGGCCCGUAAGACCACGGCAAGAAGCUACAAUGUAGCUGGAAUGAUGGAGGAACAGCUAGAUGAGGUGGAUACGGAGGAGCAACGACACCAUAGUACCACCACCGAUUCCAGCUCCAGUAGCAGCUCCAACUCCAGCUCUAGUUCGGAAUCCUGUGACUCUGAUGAUACGGGAACUGUGCGCGAUCGCAGGCCCAAAAGAAGGAGAUUCAACAAGGUGUUCAUAGUGAAUCGACAACCAGGUGCCCGGGUGAGACGCAGUUCGUCCACUGAAGGGGAUUCCCUAUCCUCCUCUGAGGCCAAUUUGGAAGACUCAUCCGACAAUGAUACAGACACCGAACGUACAGAUUGUGGGAUUGUACUCAACUACGUCAAGCCCCUCGAGGAGGAACCCAAAAAAGCGGAGGAGGAGGCGGCACCAGCAGCUGCACGUGAUUGCCAAUCGAGUGACGAAGACGAUAAUGAUGAUGAAAGUGAACGCCGUGUUGCCAACUCAAGCGAUGAGCUCGCCAACUGCAUUGUGGUGGUAGGCGGGCAGACGGACGAUGCCGCCGCCGGCGUUGUACUGCACCGCAUGCGAUCUCUGCCAGACGAGGGAGAGCAAUCAGAGCGCCACCAAGCGAUAGAAGCAAGUGAUGCCCUGGCCGCUUGCGAUGAGCUCCACAGCAUCUCAAACGAUGUUAAUCGAUUGCUGGAACUGCAUAAGCAAAAUUCCCAGUUGGAAAUAAAGCUGCAACGUUUGCGACAAGGAGUGGCCGAAAUCAAUGAGGAUCUGCAGCUGUCCACGUUGGGCACUGAUGUGGCUGCCACCCACAAUAGCCAGACGCUAGGUAGUCCGGAGAAACCCGACGAAUGCAGCCCUUCUCGGAAAAGCCCCUCGACCGUGCUAAAAACUAAUGACGAUGGUGUGGGUCUCACCUGCUUACGGCAGGUAAAGGCAAACAGCGAUAGUAAACUAGUGGAUGAGCGCAGAACAGCUGAGCAAACUGAGCGGCAGAGGGUCGGCGACGGCGACGGCGGCAGCAGCACAUGCAGCCAAGCAUGCAAAAUAAGAGACAACAGUGACUACUCGCUAGAUUCACUCUCAGCAACUCCAACGAGUUGGGCACCUGAGCAGGUAGAUGAGAGAGCCGCUCGCUUGAGUUUACCUGUUGUUAGCGCUCGUGAGCAGCAGCAGCAGCAAUAUCGGUUCGAAACGAAAUCGGAGUCAGUCGAAAAUGAAAUGUUAAACGUUGCGGUUGCUCCACGCUCCGCGCUGUUCAGCGGUAAUAACAAAAAUAACAACAACGAUAGCAGUAACAGCAAAAGCAACAACGAUAAUAGCAAUAACGAAAACGUUAAAAACAACAACAGCGAACUUGGCCAUAAUAAUAAUGACGCUUUCGCAGCACAAAAGACGUGGAAUAGCGGUUCGAGUGUUGUUGUCAGUGGCAGUGACGUAGUGAGUGUGAAUUCAAAUGUGAGUGGUGAAAACGAGUGUGACUACGAUAAAAUAUUUGGUAGCCAACAGAAAAGUACUCCAAGUGCAACAGCAUUAUCAAUAUCAGCAGUAACAGCAACAACACCUGACACACCUGCAACAUCGCCCAGCGAACUGGCUUCGCCCAAAAAUUCACUUUCAGCCAAGUAUCGCAGUUUGGUCAUGAUCACCAAAGACAAUGAAAGUGCAGCUGGUGAUUACGAAAUGGCAAACAACAGCAGUAGCAGCAGCUACAGCAGCAACAGCAACAUACACGACAGCAACUCCACUCGCAGCAGCAACAAAGGCCCGUCCAGCAGCAACACUUUUGGCCAGAACUUUGCGGGUGACUCAUUUCGCGCCAUGGAACCAACACUCGUGAGCAGUGAUCGCGAGUCGUACAGUGUGGACUCACUAAACGACCCGCCCGCUGUGCCGGAACUCAGCGUGGAAGACGGUUUGGCCGAUGAUGAUUCCUGGGUGGAGGAACUGAGUCAGAGGGGUGAAGAUGAGGACGAGGAGCUAAGUAAUGCCACUACCACACCCACAGCGACGGAUUCUGAAGAUGCAGAAGGAGAGAAUGAAGGAGCCAGGCGACAUGGCUACAUGGAUCGAGAGGAGGAGCUGAGAGGAUAUAAUAGAUCCGCUAUUGACUUCACUCUGCACACCAUUGUCGAGGAGAGCUGCGAGGAGAGCGAGGUGGCCUCCAUUAGGGCGGAUACUGAAGAUGCCGAACUGGAGGAAGAGGAUCUGGCCGAAAGGAGGAGACAGCGUACCCUGCAGCAUCACCACCGAUUGAGUGCCUCUGAACUGGAAAAGUACUUCUUCUUCGGCUUGGGCGAUGGUCGUGUGAUGAGUUCCAUCGAUACCCGCGGGGAUGACACCGCCUCCGAGGUGAGUUCUGAGUGCUCCGAGAGUCUGGACUCCUUGCCACACGAGGAUCAACUCUUGGAUACCAGUGGAGCUUCUGAUCUGGCCUCUUCCCGACUCGAGAAGUACUUCCUUUCCGGCUUCAUGGGCUUCAGUGGUGGAGAGAAGCAGGCGGAGAGCGAUGAAAGUGGUGGCAGCGUGGGCAGCGAUAGUGAAGGUCAUCCCAGCCCCAGCCAACGUAGGAAACGCCUGGUUAGGGCCAGGGGAACUCCCCGAAGUCACAAUUCUUCGUUGGAUAAUCUUCUUUUGCCGGAAACAGAUACUCUGGAUGCCACGGUUACAUCUGCGGCAGGAACAGCUGCAGCCACUGUGGAGGACACCUCGGAAUCGGAGGCGGGCUGUGACGACACUGUGAUUCAUUUGGCCAAUGCCGGAGCCUCGGAUGGUUCCUCCUCGGACACCAUUAAACGAAAGAAGCAACUGCGCAAGCGUCACGACUCACUGGAUGAGAAGAAACUACACGAUCUAGAACCUUCUGAAUGCCGGACCCCUACACCGGGCAGCAGCGGGCAAGUACAGAUGCAAUCGCAGGCCAAGAAACAGCAGCAACAGCAUCACCACAGCCGAGAUAGUGGUUUCGUUGGCAGUAAUGAUGAUCUGCUAAAGGCAGCGCCAGAUUGUGAGCCACCGAAAAGUCCAACCCCUGCUCUGGAGCAGAUCAGUGAAGAUCGGGAGCCGGCUCACAGUCAGAUCAGUCUGGCCAAAAUGGAUCUGCCCAGUACUUCAGCGGCUGCAGCUGCUGCCAUUCCAGUUCCCAGCCAACUUCGGAAUCUAGCCCUACCUAAUCUGGUGCGAAAGGAUAGCUUCAAUAACUGGAGUUCCGACGAAGAGACCAAUCUGAUGAUGAGCAAGAUGAGGCAGUUCUUCAAGACCCUUAUUGUGGCCACAGCAAAUGCACAGCAAAGUAAGCCAACGACUCCUAACCAAGGCCAGAGCACCGCUAUCGCCAACACCACGCCGAGUUCCCAGCGCAGAUUGGCAAAAUCCCGUCCAGCUCAGUUGGCCUACUUCGAAAACGAGCUGACCCGACUGAUGAAAACCGUUCCCGGAAUAAAAGAUGAACAGGUGCGUGAAAUAGUGGAGUACCUGAGCAGCGAGGAUACGUGGUCCGAUUCCUAUGACUCCUCGGAUUACACGAGCUCUGAUCUGGAAGGUGGUGAACGGAAGGGUCAGUUGAAGGCCCAGAUCUCGGCCAGCUGCCAGCAGAUAAUCAACAAAUUCGAGAUUGACGAGGAGGGAGAUCGUGGUGAUGGUGGUCUCCUAGACGAGAGUCAAAGUGUUCCCAUGGAAGCUUUGGUCUAUCAAAAACUAGUGGCUUCCUUUAGCAAGGUGGCGGCAGGUGGAGAACCGGAAGUAGAAGCUGCCAAAGAGGUUGAGGAAGUUGAAGCUUCCACGGAAAGAUCUCCCCAACUAUUUGCCAAGGUCAUGCAGCAUAUUGGCACUAGACUGGUGGCUCUGAUGCACGAGGUGAGCAGUGGCAAUGAAACGCCUACUCCAUCGCCGCAAGGUCAGCGGCACCAUCGAAGACUGCAGGCCAAGAUCUCGGCCACAACGACGGAGGAUGAGGAAGAUGAGGUGGAGGAGCAGCUAAGAGCUAUGCCUAUUAAACAGCUCAAGUUGCGUAGCAGAUCCCAUGAUCUCCUCUUGGAUGGCACCACGCCUCACUCGCAUCAUCUGCACCAUCAGGCCACCGUACAUCAUCCGGGAAGUGGAACAACAGGAGUAGGAGGAUCCGGUGCUCCCGGACAUUCGGACAACGCCGGAGAGGAGUGCGGCGUGGCCAGUGACUACGAGCGGUUCUCGUGGCGCGGCAGUUUUGAGUCGGCAUUACUGGCUAAUGGCGACAGCAGAACGAGGCUCAGCCAGCUGAGCCAACUGGACAGGGAUAACUCGUCGUCUGCGUCCGCUUUGGCUGUGGCAAAGCGCCGAUCGGCAGGCGACCUUCUCUUCAGCCAGCAUCAACAGAGCCUCAGCCGCGAGCAGUUGGACCGUGUACGAUCCUGUGGCAGUAUUGGAGGAGGUGAUGCCCAUCAUCACCAGUUGGAAUCUUCGCCAGCCAAACCGUGGCUCUCCUCGGCAGGAUCUUCCAUAGGAGGUGAUUCUACUAAGGAUGUUCGACGUUCCAGUGUACCGGAUGCCAUCUAUGAAACGGAUUCCAGCGAUGAGGCAGCGUCGAAUCAAUUUGGCGGAGCCAGAUCCACCCUGCCGCGUAGUUUAAACUCCGGCCAGGUGGUGGCUAGCACAAAUUCACUGCCCCGGUUACCAACCACCGGAGCGGGUGCACCCAUAACAAGCACUCCCAAGACCAAGUCACAGAGCGCCCUCAACCACACACCCUCCAAUUUGUCCACUGUCUCGGCCACUGGAAGUGCCAAGAGUGCAAGAUACCGCUCGCCAGGAUUGGCGGCUCGUGCGGCAGCCGUCAGUGGGGCAGGAGGUGUUUCGGCUGGUGGUGUGGGUGCAAGCAGUGGUUCCACGGGCAAAAAACUAGGUGCGGGCUUCCAGUUCCUUUACUCCAAACGCGAUGCGCGCAAACGUCUCAACAUGUCAGCGGAGGAGGCCAAAGUGGCCGCCGAGGAACUGUCUCGAUCACCGGUAAUUGGACAGCGGCAGGCAGAUGGCACCGGCAGUCCCAUCCAGUCGCGUGCCUCCAGCGAAACGUGGCCCACUCAGUCGGAUGAGGACAUCGAUCGUCUGGUGGCCAUGCACCAGAAUCGCAGCAGUCUCAGCUCGCUGGGGGUUCGUUCGGAGUCCAUGGCCAGUGUUUACUCGGGAGCCGGUGAAGGUCGCUAUGGCACUGUGGUGGUCAAGGGUCAAGUGGAGUUCGCCAUGCAGUAUAACUAUAAGCUGAGUGCCCUGGAAAUCCAUGUGGUGCGCUGCAAGGACUUGGCUGCCGUGGAUUCCAAACGCAAUCGCAGUGAUCCCUAUGUGAAGGUUUAUCUUUUGCCUGACAAAUCAAAGGCCGGAAAGCGCAAAACCAAAGUCAAGAAGCACACGCUGAACCCCAUCUUCGACGAGACGAUGCGCUUCCACACACCCAUUUCCAGUCUGGAGUCGCGUACUCUGUGGCUAACAGUCUGGCACUCGGAUAUGUUUGGGCGUAAUGAUUUCCUGGGCGAAGUCAGUGUCAAUUUGCAGGGACGCCUCUUUGACAAUCCCCAGUCGCAGUGGUAUCUCCUCCAAGAACGAAGUGAACCCUUCGACGAGGUGGCCACCUACAGAGGCGACAUUGUGGUGGGCCUGAAGUACAUUCCCCCGGAGAACAUCAAGUCCUCGUUCUUCUCACGCGGCUCCUCCAUAACAGGCAGCUCCUCUAAUUUACGCAAAUUUGGUGGCAGCAUCAAGUCAGUGGCCUCCAAAUCGGAUCGUACCUCGAAAGGUGGCCAGCUGCAUGUGCUGGUCAAAGAGGCCAAGCACCUGAGUCCCAUCAAGGCAAACGGAACCUGUGAUGCCUUCUGCAAGAGUUAUUUAUUGCCUGAUCGCACGCGGAGCUCCAAGCAAAAGACCCCAGUGGUGAAGCGCACUUUGCAUCCCAGCUGGAACUAUACCUUUGUGUACGAGGAUGUCUCUCUGGAGGAGUUGUCGGAACGCGCCUUGGAGCUAACAGUCUGGGAUCAUGAUAGAUUGGCCAGCAAUGAGUUUGUUGGCGGCAUAAGAUUCUCUUUGGGAACAGGACGCAGCUAUGGCCGUCAAGUGGAAUGGAUGGAUGCCACUGGCAAGGAGCUCUCCUUGUGGCAGAAUAUGCUGGACAGACCGAACUUCUGGGUGGAGGGCAGCUUGGUGCUGCGUUCCAGUUUGGAUGGCAUUCGAGCCAAUUUGCCAUAGGCCAACAUAGAUGGAUAUUUAGCUAUUGUUUAAAGUCAGGAUAAAAAUCACAAAAACGCAGUUGGUAGACUGCAAUGUAUUGUAUUAACUAUGCGAUAAUUAUCAAUUAACGAUCGAUUACGUCGACUCUGAGAAGCAUUAUUAGCGGCAUAAGAAAUGAAAAGUUUGUAACAUUCACAAUUUAGUGUUUAGUUUUAAGAGUGUGGACGGGAAUGAUGAUUUCUGAAUACUCGAAUAUGGCGAUGACGCUGCAAGAACUGCAGAUGCGCAAAAAAAACUGAAAAACAAAAAGAAGCAAAAAAGCAAAAGUAAUCAAGGCAAACAUGAGAAACUAAGCAAAAAAAGGAAAACCUUAUCAAGUUUAUGGCACUAAUUGUAAGCGCAAUUCUCAGCUAUUCGAUGGAGAUAAAAAACUAAAAACUGUAAAGCAAAACGAUGAAGGCCCCAAGGUUGGCCUGUCUAGAUAUUAAGACGAUUUGUAUGUGUGUGUUUUUCCCCCUCAGCCCUCAGCCCUCUCUUUCCCACUCUCUCUCUCUGUCUACCCCUCUGAGAGAGGCAUUCGCAAUUGGCAUACUAUAUGCGCUAAAAACUACGAUUAAACUACAAAUAAAAGUAAAGUUAAAACCUAGUUAAAUCGAGGCAUAAGCUUACUAUGUAUAACUAUCCAUAAUAACCGAUAAAUACAAAUAACAUUUUUGUAAAUUCAA